AUGCCUCGAGACCCUCUGAUCGGUCUUGUGGGCAAACCGUCCUCUGGCAAAUCUACCACCUUAAACAGUCUAACAGAUGCUACGUCCAAAGUUGGCAACUUUCCCUUCACAACGAUAGACCCUCAACGCGCUAUCGGCUACCUGCAAAUCGAUUGCGCUUGCGCAAGAUAUAAUCUCACUGACCGAUGCAAACCGAAUUACGGCGGCUGCGUCAAUGGACGCAGAUCUGUUCCCAUCGAACUCCUAGAUGUCGCAGGUCUUGUUCCUGGCGCCCACGAGGGAAAGGGCUUAGGCAACAAAUUCCUGGAUGAUCUCCGGCAUGCGGAUGCCCUGAUACAUGUGGUCGAUGUGUCUGGUACGACAGAUGCUGAAGGCAAGGCUACCCGAGGUUACGAUCCCAGUGUCGACAUUGAGUGGCUGCGCGGAGAGAUUGUGCGAUGGAUAUUAGGGAAUCUGAUGGAGAAAUGGGGUUCGAUCAAACGAAGACAUGUCGCAGUGAAAGCAAAUGCUGUAGACACUCUUCAGGGUCAGCUGAGCGGUUACGGCUCAACCUCAACCGUUGUGGCGAGGUGUCUAGACAAGAUGCAGUUGAAAGAUCCAUUAGAGACGUGGAACGAUGCGACAAUUGAGAAGUUCGUCAAUACGUUUACAGAUGAGAAGUUUCCCACGGUGCUUGCGCUAAACAAGAUUGAUCACCCGGAUGCGGAUCGAAACAUUGCUAAGAUAGCAAAGAUGCAGGACCCGCAGCGGAUAGUGCUCUGUUCGGCAAUAUCAGAAGUAUUUCUCAGGCGUUUGGCGAAGCAAAAAUACAUCAGAUACACUGAAGGAGCUGAAUACGUAGACGCUCGGGAAGACUUGAUAGAAGCCGGUGAAGAAGACGGGGGUGGUCUGAAGGAAAUGGACGAGAAACUCAGGACAAGAAUUGAGAACCUGAAAGAUAUGGUCCUCUACAGAUUUGGUAGCACCGGAGUGGUUCAGGUAUUGGGGAAGGCUGCAGAUCUACUUGGGCUGGUGCCAGUCUUUCCCGUACGCAAUGUCCAUACCUUUGGAAGUGGCUCAGCCGGUGCUUCCGCUGUCUUCAGGGACUGCGUACUUGUAAAGAAAAACAGCACAGUCGCGGAUGUUGCAAGGAAAGUUAUGGGGGAUGCCCCUAUUGCAUAUGUUGAAGGUGCUGGAGGUACUAGAGUGGCAGAGGACCAAGUUGUGGCAGUAGGGAAGAACGACAUCCUGUCUUUCAAAGUCGGACGGUAG